GUUGGUUCAGUUGGUGGCGGUAGUUUGUUGCGCGCCGGUAUUUUCUCAAGUGUUGUGAUAGUAAAAUAAUUCGAGCGGUUAACAUAAGUAGAAAAUGUAUUAAUUGCUUGCAAAUAUAUUUAAAAACGAACAAAACAAAGCAGAAAUACUGAUUGAAAUAAAACUAUUAGUGGAAAAAUAUAUAAUUUGCCUAUUACGGUAGCUCCAGCAACAAUUUGUAAACAAAUAUGUUGAUGACGAGCUAGCUGAGAGGAAUAAUCAUGCGAAAUACACCAACAACACUAACAAUAAUGAUGAAAAAAUUAAUAAUAAUAAUUUAAAUUACUUCAAAUCAAAACAAUACAACAAAAACAUAAACAGCAACAAAGUGAGCAAAACAUUGAAUAAACUUUAUAUGAACAACAAUUACAACAGUAGCAUUGCCUUGAAUAAUAAUAAUCCUCAUCCUCACUCGUUCAAAUACAAUAGCAACAGCAGCAAGGGAAAUAUCAGAAAGCAAAUCAAGAGCCGCAUAAGGAUGGGCGGCACAAAGGUUGAACGUCGCGGUCUCGAACCCUUAGAGUUCGAAGAGUGCAUUGUUGAUAGUCCAGAAUUUCGUGAUAAUUUAAACCGUCACGAAAAGGAACUAGAUCACACUAGUCAUCAAAUUAAACGCAUCAUAAAGGAAGUUAAAGAUUUAAUGGGAGCCGCAAAAGUUUUAUCGAGUCGUAUGAAGCAAUUGGCCACAUUACUAACGGAUUUCAAUUUCGAGUGCAUUGGCACAGCUCAAACUGAUGAUGAACAUGUCAUUUGUGAAAGCUUAAAGCAUUUUGGUACCAUAAUUGGCACAAUCGAAGAGGAAAGGGAAAAAAUGCUUACCUUAUCAGAUAAACAUAUCGAGUCAUUGGAGGAGUUUAGGAAAAAACAAAUUGGUGGUGUAAAAGAAAAUAAGAAAAAAUUUGACAAAAAAACAGAAAAAUUUUGCCAAUCGCAGGAAAGAUUUCUGAAUAUGUCAACAAAAAAACCAGAAAACACCGUACAAGAAGCCGAUGCGAGUUUGGGCAUGCAUCAUCGUGAAUAUGUGAAGGAGUCAUUAAGUUACGUUCUACGCAUACAGGAAGUGCAAGAGCGCAUUAAAUUCGAGUUUGUUGAAAUUUUACUGGGUUUCAUAUCUGGUUGGCUUGUCUUCUAUCACACGGCACACGAGCAAGCUGAAGAUAAUCACGAUUAUUUACAGGAUUUGCGGCAUAAAGUGCAAAAAACACGUGAAAAUUUCAACGAAGCCAGAGAAAAAGUGAAUGAAUUAAAAACAAAGUAUAUGGAAAAGCAUACGAAGCCAGAAGAAAAUUACACCAAACGUGGUUAUCUGUUUUUAAUGGAAAAAAGUUCCCUAUUGAAAAUUUCUCUUCCAGAGCCAUUUAAAGCAACAUGGACGAAAUACUAUUGUACUUACAAAAAACAAAAGAAGGAUUUCACAAUGCUGCAAUUCAAUCAAAUGAAUCACAGUUCAUCGAAACCUGAAUUACGUGAAGAGGAAAAACUGACUUUGGUUUCAUGCCAACGACGUGCCACUGAGUUUGAGAAACGUUUCUGUUUUGAUUUAACAUUCAAAGAGAGACCUGGUCAAGUCUAUACAUUUCAAGCUUUAAGCGAAGAAGAUCGCAAAGCGUGGUUAAAUGCAAUGGAUGGAACAGAGCCGACAUAUCUGGCGCCAGGUAAAGUGAAAGCAGGAGAGGAAUAUCAAUUAGAUGAAACGGGCUUCGCUUUUGUACGAAAAUGUAUAGAUGUUCUUGAAAGUCGUGGCCUUGAAGAUGAGGGCAUAUAUCGUAAGAGUGGUGUUGGUACUAAGAUAUCAAAGUUGUUAGCAUUAGGAAUGGAUCGUAAAAAGACCGAGUCAAUAUUUAGUGAUGAACAAUAUAGAGAUCUCAUGGAGAGCAAUACAAUAGCUAGUGCUUUAAAAACAUAUUUACGCAAUUUAACCGAACCACUCAUGACUUAUCGCUAUCAUAGUGAUUUUAUUGAGGCAGCCAAAAAAGAAAGUCUUAGUCAGCGGGUUUAUGAGGUACAUAAACUUGUCUAUAAACUGCCUGACUCAAAUUUUAAAAUGUUAGAUUUGGUUAUAUGUCAUUUAACUGAAGUAUCGCGCAAAUAUGAAAAGAACAAAAUGUCAGUUUUUAAUUUGGGUGUAGUAUUCGGCCCAACACUAUUACGUCCACUGGAAGAAACGGUGGCAGCCAUUUUAGAUAUAAAAUUCAAUAAUAUUGUCAUCAAUAUUUUAAUAGAAAACUAUGAACGCAUUUUCAAAAUGGAUCCUAGUACUGCAGUUGUUAAAAUUGCAGCAAAAACAAGUCCACCCAUACGUUCGCAACGUGCAAAUCAAAGUAGCAAUAAUGCUGCGGGGCCUGGUAACGGUAGUGUGAGUACUGGUGGACGAACAUCAAUGUAUUCACCACAACAGCAAGUUUAUAGAUCAAUGAGUAAAUCAAAUUUCGCCGACUCACAAAUGUCGACAAGUUUGCAAAAUAUUCCUAAUGGUAUAAUGUACGCACAUGGCGUAAACAGUAAUAACAGUGCAUCGAAUGGUCUUAAUGGUGGACACAGCUCUAAUGGCGGUGGUAGUAUAUCUUCAAAAGGAAAUGCACUUGGUCUGAGUGGUAAUAUGGGCAGUGUUAAAAAUUUGCAUUUAAUGUCACAGUCGGACAUGAAUUCACGUCGCCCUGCUGGUGGUUCUGAAAGCAUUUACUCAAUGGUUACACAAAAUGUAAUUGGUGCUGGUACUAAUGGUUCCGGGCUGACAGCGCAUCAUGCUACUCCUGCAAAUGCAACAAACUUAAGACAUGACUUUCUAAUGGCGACUGCUACACCUGCCAAUAGUUCGGGUGGAAAUCACAUUUAUUCCAAUAUGACGACUAAUAGUCUAAAUAGUAUCAAUAGCAGUGGCCGGCAUAAUGUCAACAAUGUCUCACCGCCUACACUAGCUAUGCGCACCGAGGCAAUUUAUGGUACAUCUUCAGUACUUAAAAGUAAUGUGCAACCACGUGGACUGAAUGCAUGUGCGCAGCCAAAACACUACUCACCUGGUGUAGCUGCAUCAACAUCCAGUUCAAAUGAGAGCGUUUGUGAUUCGCUGUCAUCUAAUAAUGGUGGUAGUAGUGCUAGUGUUGGCAAUUCAGCAAUUACAAAUUCAUCAAAUCGUUUGAUUGGACCACGAAAUUCAAUAGAUUAUGCCUCAAUGUCAGCACAAACUUCACCAUUAACUACUUUACUUGGUUCGACUUGUGAUGACGUAGUUACAGCUACAGCUGCUCCUUCACUGAUUAGCACUGGAACUUCACCAAAUGAACCAAGUGAUUAUGCACCGCAAAAAAUGCAUCGAAACAAAGAUGUUAAUCAGAUCAAACGUGAUUUAUCUGCGGGAACUGCAUGUGUGCGUACAUUGUAUGCUUGUAUGGGUGAAAGUGAAGGUGAACUAUCAUUUGAACCAAAUCAAAUUAUCACACACGUACGGUUUUCGCAUGAGCCUGGUUGGCUGCAAGGGACUUUAAAUGGAAAAACAGGACUUAUACCAGAGAAUUAUGUGGAACACUUAAAACCAUACCAUUAAUUAUAUAUUGAAAUUCCUUAAGUUUGAAAGAGAAAAUUGCAGUUUUGAAUAACGAACUGCGCAAGAUGUUUUAAAUUCGUUCUUUAUUUA